AUGCCUGGGCCACCAACACCUGUCUCUGGUUGUCCACUCCAGCGGUUGGAGAUCCGCGACGGGGCCUCGACCAGGGUCUACCAUACUUGUCGGCCAAGAAAUGUUUUCACCUUAACUCUGGAAGGCGAGCGGCCUGUUGAUUCUAAGACCGGAACCCUGGUUCUCCUCAUUCACAACGGACAACAACGACUAAUAUCAAUUCGCCUUCAUGAUCUCCUCAAGAACCCUGUCGGAUCCACCGACAUCGUUAGCGUCGAGAAGCAACGAAACGAAAUGUGCAUCAUUAUUCCAGGCCACAGCCGUGCGAUUGUCGCUCGAUUCGAGGAAAAGAGAGAUUUCAACCUUGCCGUCUAUAUGCUCGAGAAGUCAAAUCUUCGCAUUAACGAUUCAAUAACCUGCGCCCCUUCAACACCCAUUGCAACGUCCCUGCCUGCUGCUUCUCUUGACGUCCAAACUGCCUCAAACUUUGGUCCGCGCCUCUCCUCAAUCACGCCCCUCCCUCAAUCUUUCCCCUCCAACGUCCCUUACAAUCUCAACAACCACUCGGAUGCUCCAUUUACGUCCCUGCUGAAUUCACCUCUGCCGCGGGAGACUUCUGAGUCCACAUGGGGACAGCCGGCACCACCUCAAUUCCAAUACCCCCAGCGAAUAAAUUCUCUCCCGACUUAUGCUUCAGUAUCGGCUUACUCGCCCUUUGGUUCGGAUGCUGUGGUGCAGCAACUCAACCCUUACAACAUUUUCCUCAAUCGGAGUAACAGUCAAGUCCACAUGCCUCGGGUUAGUUCGCCGCUCAGACAAUCGUUUCCCCCGGAAGAAACAACAAGACAGAGCCCAAGCCCAAGUGUUGGAUCGAGUCCGUGUAUGGGCGGUACUUACGCUCUACAUAAUAUACCGAAAAUUUCUCCUAGCGUUCUUGGAGCCCCAAAAAUCCAGGAUGCUUCCCAAUCGGCGGGGGUGGACGGAAUGGAAAACAGAGUGCCCACCGCGUCUUCUUUCCCACAAUUCUCGAGUGAUAAUGCCAGCCCAGAGCCUCUGGCUGGAGAUUCGGACCAGAGCUUUCGAGAUCUCAUGCCAAGACCUCGUAGGCUCCCUUUUGACUCUCGUCCAAAGGAUUCAGGGUCAAUGGAAACGACAUCAUCACCAAAGUUGGCAACUAAGACGGCAGCAUCGCUAAAGGCGUUGGUAUCACCGAAGAUAACAUCGUCACCAAGGACGAUAUUGCCUCCCAAGAAGGACCAAGCUCUGACGCAGCCAUCUUCGAAACAAAAACCGAAGCUUAGAGGAACGAAGCGCUCCAGUGCAGCUGUUGAUGAAGGAAGCCCUGGUGGGGAAGUCUCGAUGACUGUGGAUGAAUCAUCCACCCGUAUUGUCGUGCUACCAAACACUAAGGUCAAUGAAGAACAUAAACCUAGUUCGACCAUAAAGGUGGCUGGCGCAGAAGAUUCCCCAUCUGUACCUCUGUGGUCACCUGCGCAACCCCAUAAAGACCCGGAAGUAGCAGUGCUGAUCACGGAUCCUGGAACGCUAAAGGACCUGGAAAAACUGACAUCGAAACUUUUUGAGCAGUAUGAAGUGGAUGUGGCAAGCGGGAUCGAUGAGACAGAUUCUGCGAAGUUCUACAUGGAUCGUAUCACGGCUACACGCAGGGAAUUCUGGCUCACCAAGCUGGAAGAAAUGACGGCAAGCUGA